AUGGACCCGAGGAGUCUCGUACUGGAGCUGGUCGGGGUCGCGCUGAGUGCGUGCGCGUGGUGGAUGCUACUGGCGUGCACUCUUAUGUCCGCUUGGCUCACCUUGUCGACGGAGCUACUUCCGGCGGAAGUGUACGAAAUGGGCCUGUGGGAGACGUGCGUGGUGCAGGUGCACGGCGCGCUCUUGUGUCGGCGUCACGACACCCCACUUGCGCUGCCGCGUGACAUCAAGCUGGCGCGCGCGCUCGUGUGCACGGCGCUGUGCUCGGGGCUUCUCGCGCUCGGGCUCGCCAUACCAGGCCUGCACAUGGUCAACGUGUGUGACGGGCGCGCCAAAAAAGUGAUGAAAUUGUCGGGCGGGGUGGCGAGUCUUGUAUGUGCGACCCUGGUUCUGGCGGCAGUGUCCUACGUCGCUCACGUGGCCGCGGCGCGCUUCUUCGACGAGUCGGUGCCAGAGAUAUUGCCACGCUGGGAGUUUGGCGACGCGCUCUUCUGCGGGUGGACGGCAGGUGUGCUGCACCUGGCGGCAGGAGUGCUGCUGCUCGUUUCGUGUGCGUCCACGCGGAGCUUUCACGCUGCUGACCCACUGGAGACGCUGCAGACCGGAACCCACGGAACCAAGACAGCGUACGUGUGA